AGUGCUGCCGGACGCGGACAAGACAGUGCGAUUCGGAAAACAUUGGACGCGCAGUAUCGAUAUACGUCGAGUGAAUGGAAUUGGAUACCGUAAAUGCGUACAGUACCGUCGGGAUGGAGCAGGGAUUGUCUGGGGAUCCAUGGGACUGUCUGUUUAGCGACAGCAUCUCGGACGCCUUCCAGGGUCGUCCAGAGAUGUUACAUAUGGGUAUUCGGCGUUGCGAUAAUACGAGCCAAAUCGGUGGUCCACGCUGGUUUGGUCCAGGCCUUGGCUUCGAUUUCGACGACGUCUUGACGGAACCCGAUGAAGAUCCGCUCGCCAUGAAUGACAAAAGCCGCAGUUCGAACAGCAACCUGGAAGAAUUGAAUUUGGACAGUGACAGCGAACUGGCUUUGACGUUGGAUCCGAAUUUGAUACUGCCGUGUAACAUGCCUAUCCGCAGCCCCGCGACAAAUAGCGACGCAGCGAUGCUGGAAACAGCGAGCGUGGAGGAGAACGCUGUUGAAAACGAGGGAGAUGAAACAGAGAACGAAAGUGAGAUCGAACGAACCGAAAACGAUGAAGAGAAUGAAAGCGAGGAGGAAGAAGAGAUCGAAGUUGAGGAUAACGAGCAUAAUGAGACGGAGUACGAGACGGAGGAAGAAGAAACGGAAGAGGAAGAGGUAGAGGAAGACGAGGAGACGGAUGAUGAGGAGCAGGACAUGACUCAAAAGUCGCUCACACCCUUGAAUGUGGAGGUGCCGAUAUCGUCGUCGUCGGGCAACGUCGGCGCCAGGACGUUAUCCGGUGCCAACGUGGCCAUCUCCUCGCCGACGAUACAACUGACGAGGUUGCAUCCUAAAAUAAGCACCAUAUCAAGCACAGCCAAGGACAUCAAGAUGUUGCAAACUAAUCCAGGUGCCCAGGCGUUGCAACAGAUUCGCAAACAUAUGUCCUACAACAAUAAUGUGCACGACGUCAGUACAGGUGCGACGACGACGGUCAUGAUACAGGCGGCAAAGCGUGAGAAGGAGUUAACGUCAGGGAACCGUGACAACUCUUAUCCGAAACCCGCGUACUCGUACUCAUGUCUCAUCGCGAUGGCACUGAAGAAUAGCCGAACGGGAUCGUUGCCAGUCUCAGAAAUCUACAAUUUCAUGUGCCGGCAUUUCCCCUACUUCACGACUGCGCCAACUGGUUGGAAGAACUCCGUGAGGCACAAUCUGUCGCUGAAUAAGUGUUUCGAGAAGAUCGAGAAGCCGCCCGGCAAUGGUAGUCAGCGAAAGGGUUGUCUCUGGGCCAUCCAUCCGUCGAAAGUGGCCAAGAUGGACGAGGAGGUACGGAAAUGGUCGAGAAAGGAUCCGAGCGCGAUCAAGCGAGCCAUGGUGAAUCCGGAGCAGCUGGAGUUCCUUGAGCGAGGUGAAAUGAAGUACGAGGGAGACAGGCAUGAUGAGGCAUACGAUGACGCAGAGAGCUACGCGGAUUCCGAAACUGGUGGGUCCGUGGUAGACGAGACCAUCAACGACGACGAGAACGUUACGUAUGAUGAAACCAAGCAGAUCGACAUUGUCGACGACGACAUCGUUGUGGAGCAGCUCUACGAGGAUCUUGAUCUCAUGAAUGCCACCGAGCUACUCGACACGCGACUAAACAACUUUUCUAGGCAAGAGCAGCCAUUGGUGUACGAAUUCGUCUCGUGCUCGAAGCGCCAGAAAAUGUUGACGGGCAACGAUUUUAUUUGUCAACCUGUCCAACGACAGGACGCGGCGUCGCCCCGGAAAAAAGCGCACCUCGUGGCGUUACGGCCCGGAGGCACCGCUCCUCCGGGUGCCGAAUCGCUUCUCGAGGCGGAUUAAAUCCUCGGAACACAUUUAUAUGAUCUCCUAUUUAAAUAUAUACACGCGGCCAAGUACACACACCUCCUUUUUUAUUGCCAGACCAUUGUAAAUAAUUGCGUCCUGUAACUUUUUUUACAGUCUGAGAUUUUGUAAAUACUUGUGUUUUAUACGACGAUGUACCUUUUUUAUACAAUGCGCUUGUACAUAACUGUAAUUUUUAAGUGUACAAAUAUCUGUACAUACACAAUGUACAAAGGCUAUUUUUUUUUAGAACCAUAAUGUGGGACCAUCCUGUAGGCAUGCGCAUAGAAAAGUUCUUCAAACACAAAUGGUUAUUUAAUAUUACUCUACGCAUGUUCGCAUAUUUACAAGAAAAUAGCCAUUAACAAGCAAGAAAAAUUCCGAACCGAUUAAAUCCGAUGACAGAAGGUGCUUGCCCGGGGACGACUAUUGUGUAUCACUAAGUUAGCGCUCGCCUAACAUGUCUAACGGCGCCACAACAAUUUUAUAAUAAACAUUUUUUAAUGAUCCAUUAAUCUCUCGAUCUUUUUAUUUGCAACUCUCGAAAAAUACAGAACACAAAUAAUACGCGUCAGCUUCCACGUACCGUCCGCGAUAGAAAAUAAAUUAACACGAAGCUCACGAAUCGUCACUGCCAAGAAUGGUCAAAGAUAAAAUAAGAACGUAGCGGAUUAGCAUAUAGAUUACGUAAGGAUAAGACACGCGAUCUCAUAUCGAUCUUUCGAGGACCGUAACUCAUUCAGUGCUACUCCUUUAUGCGUGAU